GUGUGUGUGGGUGGGUGUGGUCUAGAUGUGAGCAGGGCGAGGCUCAGGAUUGAAACUCUCAUGUUUCUCUCACACUCGAAGUGUUUGUGUGUGUUUCAGCUCCCAGACUUGUCUGUGUUUGAGGAAACGAAGCAGCAGGAUGGACCUCUCUGACGCUAUAGGAGGCGGCAGCUGGCCCUCUGCACCUGGACAACCCAACAACCCCUCCUGGCCUGGAGGUGGAGGUGGAGGUGGAGGUAGCUGGCCUGGUCCACCAGCAGCUGGACAACCCAACAACCCCUCCUGGCCUGGAGGUGGAGGUGGAGGUAGCUGGCCUGGUCCACCCGCAGCUGGACAACCCAACAACCCCUCCUGGCCUGGAGGUGGAGGUGGAGGUGGAGGUAGCUGGCCUGGUCCACCCACUCAGCCCAACACACAACCCUUUGCACCUGGACCCGCAGCUGGACAACCCAACAACCCCUCCUGGCCUGGAGGUGGAGGUGGAGGUGGAGGUAGCUGGCCUGGUCCACCCACUCAGCCCAACACACAACAGGGUGGCUGGAAUGGACCCACACCUGGGCCCGCAUCUGGACCCGCACCUGGACCCGCACCUGGACCCGCCCAACAGGUUCUGAAAGUUCCGUACUCUCAGUCUCUUAAUCAUGGAGCUUUUGACAAACUGCUGAUCACCAUCAUGGGAACCGUCAACCCCAACGCCAAAAAGAUCACAUUGGAUAUGCACGCAGGGAAAGACCUGGCCUUCCACUUCAACCCACGCUUUAAUGAAGGGGGAAAGAAGGUGAUCGUCAGGAACAGCAGGAUCUACGAUAAGUGGGGGAAAGAAGAGAGAGACUGUCCCAGCUUCCCCUUCACUCAGGGACAACCUUUCGAGAUGAAGAUCCUCUGCACCAACGCCGAGUUCAAGGUCGCUGUGAACAAAUCACACUUGCUGACGUUCAGCCACCGGGUCAGAGACCUGAGCACCAUCAGAUCAUUCAACAUCUACAACGAUGUCACGCUCUCCAAGGUCCAUGUGGAGACGCUGCCCUGAGCUGCCCUGAAGAAGAUCACAAGAUCUAGAUUGGAUCUACAGAGGAUCCAUCAGAUAGAUCUUUAGUAGAUCCUCAGUAGAUCUUCAGUAGAUGUUUAGUAGAUCUUCAGUAGAUUUUCAGUAGAUCUUCAGUAGAUCUUCAGUAGAUGCUCAGUAGCUCUUCAGUAGAUCCUCAGUAGAUCUUCAGUAGAUCUUCAGUAGAUCCUCAGUAGAUUCUCAGUAGAUCUUCAGUAGAUCCUCUUGUUCUUCCUCUUGUUCUAAUCUGUUUGACUCAUUUAAAUAAAGGAUUCAUCUUAAACAUCA